GAUGGCGUCGCAGUACUACAUGGAGAUGCAGGAGAGCUUCAGGAACAACAGCAAAAGUCGGGAGAUCGCGGCUCACUCUGCCAAAGUUCACUCAGUAGCGUGGAGCUGUGAUGGCAGGAGACUCGCCUCUGGAUCCUUCGAUAAAACCGCCAGCGUGUUUAUCCUCGAGAAGGACCGAUUGGUGAAAGAAAACAACUACAGGGGUCACAGUGACAGUGUGGAUCAGCUGUGCUGGCACCCCACCAACCCAGAUCUCUUCGUCACAGCAUCUGGCGACAAGACCAUCCGAAUAUGGGACGUCCGCACGACCAAAUGUAUCGCAACGGUUAACACAAAAGGUGAGAACAUCAACAUCUGCUGGAGCCCCGACGGCCAGACCAUCGCCGUGGGCAACAAAGACGACGUGGUGACCUUCAUCGACGCCAAGACGCAUCGGUCCAGAGCGGAGGAGCAGUUCAAGUUCGAGGUGAACGAGAUCUCCUGGAACAACGACAACGACAUGUUCUUCCUCACCAAUGGGAACGGCUGCAUCAACAUUCUGAGUUAUCCAGAGCUGAAGCCCAUCCAGUCCAUCAACGCUCACCCCUCCAACUGCAUCUGCAUCAAGUUCGACCCCACAGGAAAGUACUUUGCUACAGGAAGUGCUGAUGCUCUGGUCAGUCUGUGGGACGUGGACGAGCUGGUGUGUGUGCGCUGCUUCUCACGACUGGACUGGCCUGUGAGGACACUGAGCUUCAGCCAUGAUGGGAAGAUGUUGGCGUCGGCGUCGGAGGACCACUUCAUAGACAUCGCAGAAGUAGAAACAGGAGAGAAACUCUGGGAGGUUCAGUGCGACUCACCGACCUUCACGGUGGCCUGGCACCCCAAGAGGCCUCUGCUGGCCUAUGCCUGCGACGACAAGGAGGGCAAGUAUGAGAACAACCGCGAGGCUGGAACGGUCAAACUCUUUGGGCUUCCCAACGACUCUUGAGACUCAUCGCCGCCUCCUGACCGCCAAAAUGAGCUGGACUUCCACCGCUAAGAGGCGCUGUUGUCCAACUAAGAAACAGCCCGUACAACAGUCACUGUUUUUCUGUAAAAUACCCUUCAUUUUGAUAUUAAAACA